AUGACCACCAGUCCCUCGCGCGAGGGCGCGUCACCAGCCGCCAUCGCCACGCCCUCGCUUCCUCCUCCGCAGCACAACUCCCUCCUCCAUACCGACCUCCAGCCGCCGCCCUCGCCGCGUACACACCGCGCCCUCCGCCGUCUGCAGUCCGCGCAUACCCUCGGCGCCAAGGCCGCGAGCCAGGGCGGCUCCCUCAUCUCGCCGCACUACCGCGACGCGCUGCACCGCAACGCCUCGCCCGUGCGCGCCGCCGCGACGACGACGACGACCACCCCUCCGCUCCCUGCAGCGGCGGCGGCUGUGGUCCCUGCUGCGCCGGCUCAACAGCAGCAGCAGAGGCACCGCGGACGCGCCAACAGCGAUGCCAUCUCGCCGAUGAUGCACCAGAUGAACGCGGUCGGCGCGGCGCGACGCAGCGGCGUCAGCAAGCCCGUCUUCUCGCACGGCCACCUCUCGCUGCAGCAAAUCAUCCGCGAGGGCCCCAACGACGGCGACUUCAUCGGGGCUCUGGAGAGCGCGCGGUGGAAGGUCGUCGACGAGGGCGUCAAGAGUGCCGAGGACGGCAUGUCCACGCUACGCAUCUACGUCUGGCUCGUGCUGCUCGACGCCCCCAUCAUGCCCACCGACGACUACCUGGCCCUCAUCCACCGCGGCGCGUCCCCCGCGUACGCCAAGAUCCGCAACGACACGUUCCGCACGCUCACGACGGACCCGCUGUUCCGCCGGCGCGUCAGCGAGGCGAGCCUGAUCCGGCUGCUCAACGCCGUCGCGUGGCGCCUGCACGACGCCCGAGAGGAGGAGCGGGUCGCCGGCGGCUUCGACACCGCCCUCAGCCGCCCCGGCAGCAGAAGCGGGCGUUCAUCGUCCCGACCGCCGCCGCAGCGGGGCGCGUCCACCACGCGGGAGUCGCUCACCGGCGCGGCCGGCAGCGCCUCCGGCGCCUCGCGCUCCGGCGCGCCGGAACCCGGCACCUACGUGCAGGGCAUGAACGUGCUGGCCGCGCCGUUCCUGUACGCCGCGCGCAGCGAGGGCGAGGCGUUCGCCGCGUUCCACGCGCUGCUGACGCGCGAGGUGCCCGCGUACAUCCGCGGCGCCAUGACCGGCGUGCACCGCGGGCUCGCGCUCGUCGACCGCGUGCUCGCCGUGGUCGACCCGCGCCUCGCCAUGCACCUGGCCGCCAAGGGGCUGGCCGCCGAGAUCUACGCGUUCCCCUCGGUGCUCACCCUCUGCGCGUGCACGCCGCCGCUGCCGGAGGUGCUGAAGCUCUGGGACUUCUUGUUCGCGUACGGGCCGCACCUCAACAUUCUCUGCAUCGUCGCGCAGCUCACCAUCAUGCGCGCCCAGAUCCUCCAGUCGCCAAGCCCGAAUAAAGUCUUGCGGUCGUUUCCGCCGCUCAAUGCCGACCUUAUCAAGAGUGUCACCAUCGGCAUCAUCAAGCAGAUCCCCGACGACGUCUAUGCAGACAUCGUCGUCCACGCGCAGUAG